UUUAAUUCAAGGACUUUUGACAUUCGGUUCUCAUGGGGACUAGUUUUAACGCCUGCCUGUGUUAAUUUCCGCUAAAAAAAAUAUUGACAGGGGGAAAGCCCAUUCGAGAUAAGCAGAAAUGUGGCAGUAAAACAGAACAUAUUGUAUACAUACACUUUCGAAAAACUUAAAGGAGUGCCGCAAUGACUCUUAUAGAAGGAUUUGGUGAUGAAGUAACAAUUUUUCUGGCAAUUAUUUUGAUACUAUUUAUAGUGUGUUUAGCAUGGAUUUCAACAAACAUAAGAGAUAUUCCAUUUUUCAGUGUGAUAAUUAUUGAAUUGACACAUAGACGAAAUAGAGAUACAGAGCAUGUCAAUCAAGCCGAGGGUCAAAGUUCAUCAGAGGUCACACCAUCUAAUUCAGAUAACCAAGCCAAUUUAGAGAACAAUGCCCAAGAACCAGAGACAUUAAGUAAUGAGAAUGGCCCUAUUGAAAAUAGUGAAGUGUCGGUUGAAAGUAGUCAAAAUAUUCAGAGUAGUGAAACAGUGCAAGAGGGAGGAACAAAUGAAAAGUCAGAAAGUUCUGAGAGACAAGUUCCACAGCAGGAAAGCCAAACAGAGAAUAUAGAACCUCCUAAGCAAUUAAAUGAAACAGAACUUCGUCAGAGACGAUUACACUUCUUUCAAGGAAGUAAGGACAAGACUACCAUAUCAAAUCCCCAAUCUUCAAUUGAACCUCCAAAUCCUACAUCUAGUCCACAAGAAAUUCCUCCAAAUCCUAUUUCUAGUUCACAAGAAAUGCCACCUAAAAUCUCUGCCCCAGAGCUUACUGUCAAACAACCGGAAACAAUAGCAGAUAAUAGUCGACCAAAUCCGUCUGAGAAUGAGACUGUGCAGUCCACAGAAACUGAUUCAGAGACAGGGCUUAUCACGGUGAGACUGAAGUAUUUGAAUGAUACCCAAAGAAAUGUUACAGCAGCACCAAAUGUGACCAUAGGACAAUUCAGAAGAGACAAUUUUGCCACAGAACUCUCUGAGAACAAACUGGUGCGAUUCAUCUUCAACGGACAAGAUCUACGCAAUGAUGCCAACACCCUGCAAAAUUACAACAUCGGAAACAACAGCGUAGUUCACUGCCUGAUCACUCAAGUUAAUCAACAGACCCCUCAGCAGCGAUCGGAGAAUCAAGGAAGUUGCGACUUUGGGGUCGUUGUCCUGCCCAUAUUUGGCCUCAUCCUUUGUUUCGUUUGGUACCUGAGGUUCGAGUAUAGACAGUUCUUUACCGCCACGUCUACGUUUAUGUUGAUCGGUCUGACAUUUUUGUUCAUCGCGGCUGUUCUGGCUUCUUGGGACAGUCAGAGACACAGGGAACAGGUUCCUCAUGAACAUAUGGAGUAGAAUUUGUUAUUCAGAAUUGUUUUAUCUUUUGAUUACAAUUUCUUUUUUGGCAAUUUUUAGGUGAUUUUGGUAUUUGUACACCUGGCUGUGUAUUUUUGCAUUUCUGCAUACUAUAAAUGUACACAAGUUAAUUAGCACACUCCAAAUUUAGCAUAAUCGUCUUCAUCGACUGAUUAGCAUAAUCAUAAAUCAAGGUUUUAUAAACAUGAAGGAUUUUUCCAUCACCUAUUAUGGUGCACUUGAAUAAAAUGGGUGGAAAAGAAGCAGUACAAAAGAAGCCAAAAUAUAUUUGCCACAAUAUAAAGCACGUUAACAGAACGAACUGUAUUUUAGCCUUUUCAAAAUUCAUCAGGUACAUCUAGGUCAAGGACUUUUUGGUCUGUCAGUAUACUUUACAACUAAGUUUAAUGAGAUAAUCUUAUUUUAAUGGUACUGUAGUCGUGAAGGAUAGCAUUAAAGUACAGCCAAAUCUGCUAAAAUAGAUGAACACACUGUAAUUACAUGAUUUUAUUUCAAAUUUCAUCCUAGGAAAUAUUUCAAAUUCUAUGUGACAUAAUCCAGCUAAGGGUGUAACACUUAAUUUUGCUUCAAGAAUUUCUGUAUAUUACACUGAUUCAUAGCCUACUUUAUCUUGAACAUGUUGAAAGUUAAAUUUUUUAUUAUAAAACUGCAUUUGGUACAUGGCAUUGGUGAUUGUUUUUGAUGACAAAAAUUUGAAUGCUUUUUUAAUGGAAGAGAUGAGUUUGGUUGUUAUGGAAGAUGACCAGUUGCACUAUGUACAACAUAGUAACAUUUCUAUGUCAACAUUUUUUAUUAUAUGAUACAUUGUUAUUCUCAAAGAUUUUGUUAUAGACAUGUGUUGUUAUUUACUGAUGUAUUUAAUUUGCUACAGUUAUAUGUAAUGAUUUUUUCCAUCUUUAAUCUUUGUUUAAAAAUAUUAGAAAUUGCUGUACUUGAUUGUUUGUUAAAGGCUCAUCACCUCAGAUCACUCAUAUGAAUAUUACCGUAUAUACUUGCCUAUAAGUCGGUUGUAUUUUUUGACGUUAUUUUGGUGGGAUUUGCUAUUGACCCGCUUAUAAGUCGGUACAAUUUUUUUGCCAAAAUCUGGUGACAAUUUUAAGUAAAUACAUUGAUGUUUUAACCUGGUUUCAAUUAAUAUUUUUUUGAAAUGACACUGAUAUUGAAUCUUAAAUUAUUAAACAUCAAGACAGUCUCACUUAAAAUACAAAAAAAAAAAUUAUUAAAAUAUGCAAAUACUUGUGCUUUAUAUAUAUAUAAUCUAAGAAUACAUAAAUUAUCUUAUAUAUCCAGACAUUUUCUUUGACAAUUGUCGAUAAUGCAAAUACGAUACUACCUUUUAGCCUCCAGAAAAAUACCAAUUUCUUUAUGACUCGCCUACAAGUCAGACAUAGAGUUUAAGACCAAUAUUUAACUCCCAAAAUACCGACUUAUAGGCGAGUAUAGACGGUAUUUUAACAAUUUAAUAAGUUGUAUAUUUCUGAAGAAAACUAAUGGUACAAGAAUUACAUGUAAAAUGUUCUAAUCACAAUGUCAGGAUAUCUUGUGGGACAAAAUUGGGCAGAAAUUGUCUUUUAAUUUAUUUGAUCAACUUUUUUGAUAUAGGAAAAAUGGACAUUUGUAUCCCAGUGAGAGUUACCUCUCUUGUUACAGGGUCGAAGAACCUUAAACAUUAAGUUAUUAAUUAUCUGUAAUGAGAAAAAAUAUGGUAGGCCUUCAAGUAAGCUUGUAUGAAUGAAAGUUUCAUUUCCAAUUUUCCCCUUAAGUUUUUGAUUGCUUAGAAAGUCUAAGUUAUUCAAAGGACUUUUUUUUAAAACCUAUUUUCUUGAUAUUCAGAUAUAAUCGACUUUAUACUUUUAUUAUAAUUUUUUAGUACGGUAAUCAUUUUGGGUUAUAGAACUUCUAAAAGCAGUGUGUAGUUGUGCCAUGCUUGUUUAUAUAUACACAUGCCCUAAACACAUGUAAUAUCUUUCAUAACUUGUGCAUUGUGUGAGAAUAUGUAGAAGAUAGGCUUUAUAAAAGGAUGAGGAUUGUUUUCACGGUCAGUUCCCAUAUUAAUCUAAAAUUGUGUUAAAAUUUUCACUUUUAAGUUGAGAAAGAAUUACAAUUAAAUAUAAAAUUUUUUAAAAAAA